GAUUCGCUACAAACUUCAUAGUUGCGCUUCGUUUUGAACUCGCUCAAACGACUAUGCCACAUAACUUUUUACGUAUAAGCAUUUUUGUAGUAUAACAUUCUUUUAAUCGAGUAAUUAAUACAAGUAAUAGAUAAAAGUAUUAUAUACUAAAAUAAAAUGUCGGAAAAAUUACGGAGAUACGAGAAGAUCGAUUUCUUGGGAGAAGGACAGUUUGCCACUGUCUACAAAGCUAAAGAUAUUGAGACUUCUAAGAUUGUUGCUGUAAAAAAGAUUAAAGUUGGAAGUCGUGCAGAAGCUAAGGAUGGAAUAAAUAGGACAGCUUUGAGAGAAAUUAAAUUAUUGCAAGAACUCAAACAUGAUAACGUAAUUGGUUUAUUAGAUGUUUUUGGCUACAAAUCAAAUGUCUCUUUAGUGUUUGAUUUCAUGGAUACAGACUUAGAAAUAAUAAUAAAAGAUAGUAACAUAGUUCUAACGGCUGCAAAUAUUAAAGCAUAUAUGAUUCAAACUUUACAAGGCUUAGAUUAUCUCCAUUAUAACUGGAUACUUCAUAGGGAUUUGAAACCAAACAAUUUACUUGUAAAUGCAGAAGGUGUUUUAAAAAUUGGUGAUUUUGGUUUAGCCAAAUUUUUUGGUUCGCCAAAUCGAAUAAAUACGCAUCAGGUGGUGACAAGGUGGUAUAGGGCACCUGAAUUACUGUAUGGUGCAAGACUGUAUGGAACUGGAAUUGAUAUGUGGGCAGUUGGUUGUAUAUUAGCAGAACUUUUGUUGCGUGUUCCAUUUUUACCUGGGGAAUCUGACUUGGAUCAGCUUACAAGAAUAUUUCAAACGUUAGGUACACCUACAGAAGAAACGUGGCCAGGAAUGACCGAAUUACCCGAUUUUAUCCAAUUUAAGCCUUUUCCUGGCACUCCAUUGAAACAUAUAUUUACUGCAGCAGGCGACGAUCUCUUAGAUUUAAUAGCUAGUCUGUUAAACGUGAAUCCUUUAGAGAGAUGUACGUGUGAUCAAGCGCUCCAAAUGCCGUAUUUUAGCAAUAAACCAGCACCCACUCCUGGACCAAGAUUACCACUUCCUACGUCUGUAAAACGUCAACCAGAAGAAAAGCCAAGUCUAAAAAGGAAAUUAUUGGAAUCGAUGGAUGGCGCUUCGCUUGCGAAAAGAUUACAGUUUUAACUAGAAUUUUAAUUAGAAUUAUAAAUUGCUAUAAAUAGUAAUUCACUGUCAUUAUUUCUAUUGUAUGUACAUCUUAUGAUGAGUUACUGAGUAGUACGGAAUUCGAAAAAAUACAGAGAAAUAGAUUAA